AGUACCUAGCUACAUAACGAAAGCUCAUAUUUCAACAAUGUCUCCAGGUCCACCCGGGUCGAAGCCUGAUAAAGUGUCACUGUCACAGUCUGAGAAGUCUUCUGUGGAACACAAUUUGCCUCUGACUCAAAGGAAGGAUACACAAGAACAAGAAGGACUGACAAGGAUGAAAUCCGAGAAGAUACAAGUCAAUCUGAAAGAAGAAACCACGCAAAAACAAACACAAAGUAAAGACAAAGAUCAGGAACACCGAGACCUUUCUGGUUACUAUGAUGCGUUAUUAGAUAACACAGUACUUGACAAGUUGGUUCUAGAUAACCUCAUUUCCAGAUGUAUUAUAAUGAUAGAGGACAGAGAAGAAAUUAUCAAACCAACCACACAACGCGAACGUAACAAGGUUUUACUUGACAUCUUAAAUGACCGACCAUAUCCUACCUUUCAUUUGUUUAAGGAUGUCCUACAGGAAUCUGAUCCAAACAAUAGUUGUAUCCAAGAGCUUGUCAAGAAAAUGAUGAGUACUGAAAGUAGGGACGAACACAUAAGUUUCCAAGGACAUGAUAUUGUGUUGAAUAAACACAAAGUUAAACUACAAAAGAAUUACAAGAUGUUUGUCCAUGGUGUUGACUCCAAAACAGACAUAGCUGACCACCUGUAUCAGUCUGAUGUUUUAAAUACUGAAGAAAAAGAGGAAAUUUGUAAUUCUUCACUCACUCAACAGGAAAGUAAUAGACUUUUAUACAACAAAUUGAUUCGCAAAGGUGGAGAUGCACACACACACCUUCUUGAAGCAAUAAAACACGGAAAAUACCUUGAUGUUGCUUCUGAAAUGGAGAAGACAGAAUUGUCAGACGAAGAAAUACAAUUGUGUCAAAUUGGAAUGAAGAAACUCAAAGACAGACAUGAGAAAAAAGAUAUUCUGAUGGUUCCGGAUGAAGUUUUUCCUAAACAUAUACUUGAUAUUCUGAUGGAUCAUGAUGAAGUUAUUCCUAAACAUAUACUAGAGCAGUUUGAAAAACGCUUAGAACAGUGGAAAAAGGAUGAUCAACAGUUUGUAAGCACUGAAGCAGAGAAACAUGUAAUGCAAAAAGUUUUGACACAAAGUUCAGUUACCCUGGUUGGAAAUUCUGGCACUGGAAAAAGUUUUCUUUCUAAACACAUUGCCCUUAUAAUGAAGAAACAUGGCUAUACUGUAAUUCCAUGUAGUAAACCAGAAGAUAUUGGAAAAUGGUUUAAACAUGGGAGGAAAACUUUGUUUGUCUUUGAUGACGUCUGUGGCCGAUAUACUCUUAAUCAACAAAUUUACACUGACUGGAAACAAAGACUUGAUCACAUAAUAUCUCUUCUCGAGGACAAAUGCUGUAAAAUCAUCUCUACAUGUAGAUUGGAGGUUUACAAAGAUGAACUAUUUAGCAAUCUCUCUAUUUUCAAAAUGUGUAACAUCGAUUUAAGUUCACAAGAGUUCAAACUAAGUGCUGCUGAAAAAUUUGCUUUAGCUGAAGUUUACUUGAAGGAAAAUACUGAUAAAGUAAAGAAAUUGUCAGAAAACUAUGACUUUUUCCCACUACUAUGUAGCUUAUAUCAUAAACAGAACCUCCAGAAGAAUGUUAGCGUUACCUCUUUUUUUAGCAAUCCUUUUGAAGUUUUCAAGGAUCAACUUGUACAAAUGUAUAGAGAAAGUGAUGCUGGUAAGAUGCAGUAUUGUAGCUUAGUCCUUUGUGUAAUGUUUAACAACACAUUAACAGAAGAAAACUUGUCACCAAAAGAUAAGAUAGGAGCAGUCACAGAAGAUUUACUAGAAGAAUGUGAACUGAAUAAAGGAACAUCUAUCAAACGUUUAAGGAAAUCCCUGGAAACACUUGAAGGUACUUAUGUGGUCAAGGAGGGUACUACAUACAAAAUAAUCCAUGAUAAGUUGUUUGAUUUCCUUGCCAAAUACUUUGGGGAGAAUAUGUUACAGAUUUUCAUUAUUCAUGCUAAUACUGGUUUCAUUAGAGAGAGAUUUCUUUGGAAGAUAACAGAUAACAUGGGCCCAGAAACAGAGUUUGUAAUAAGAAUACCCGAUAAACAUAUAAAGAUCUAUAUAGAUAGGUUACUGAAAGACUGGGAGAAUGGUUAUGUAUACAGUGUAUGUCAAAACAGAAACAUGAGUUCUACAACAUUUACUGAAAACUUGGUAACUCAUUUAAACCAACUUGAUCUAUCAAAACAGGAAGAACUUGUUUGUACUGAAGAUAUUGACGAUAAAGAUAUAGCACUUGCAGGAAGUUGUUAUAUGGGAUCUAUUGACCUUGUCAAAUGGUUGAUCAGAAGGAAUAGUGACAUUAAUUAUUGUAGAGAGGAUAGUUGGUUUCCUUUAUUAUGGGCAAGUCAGGAAGGACAUGUUGAUGUUGUUAAAGAACUGUUACAACAUUCAGCUGAAAUCAAUAAAUGUAACAAUAAUGGUACAUCACCUCUGUAUAUAGCAAGUGAGGAAGGACAUGUUGAUGUUGUUAAAGAACUGUUACAACAUUCAGCUGAUGUCAAUAAGUGUGACAAUAAUGAUGCAUCACCUCUGUAUAUAGCAAGUCAGAAUGGACAUGUUCAUGUUGUUAAAGAACUGUUACAACAUUCAGCUGAUGUCAAUAAGUGUAGAAAUGAUGAUGCAUCACCUCUGUAUAUGGCAAGUCAGAAUGGACAUGUUGAUGUUGUUAAAGAACAGUUACAACAUUCAGCUGAUGUUAAUAAGUGUACCAAUGAUGAUGCAUCACCACUGUAUAUAGCAAGUCAGAAUGGACAUGUUCAUGUUGUUAAAGAACUGUUACAACAUUCAGCUGAUGUCAAUAAGUGUAGAAAUGAUGAUGCAUCACCUCUGUAUAUGAUUGCUUGUUACAACAACAUGAUAGAGGUUGUACAUGUACUUCUUCAAUGUGAUGAUGUUGAUAUUGAUCUCUGUGAUGAUGAUGGAUGUUCAUCAAAUCAAAUCAUAUCUCCAUGA